CUGACAAUGUCGAUAGACUUGAAUACACAGGAAAGUUAAUAUCGUGGUCAUUUAUGAAAACCCCGAGACUAGCUAAUGCUUUUAUACGCUACCUUUGUUAUGAUGGAGAAAGAUCAACAAUGGAUGCCACAAAUUUGGAUUAUAACAUCUCUAGAUUUGCUCUCAACUUCCCUAUGCUGAAGAAUCUAAUUUUAUCGUCGGAAAUUUCUUUACAUUAUUUCAAGAACCCUAAACCAGUGACUGAAUUCCCUAAUAUUAGGCAAUUGGUUUUGCCUGUUAUUAAAUUCCACAGUGAAGACAAACUGAUAUGGGUUAGAUAUAUCUUGAAGGCUUUCCCCUUGUUACAAACAUUGGAGUUAAAUUUGGACAGACCGUUCUUCCUGAGGCAGCCGAUAAAUUUCAAGAUGGGGAUAGAAGAAGAGGAAAAGGUCAUAGAGAAAUGUCCUAAUGGAUCCAUAAGCGAGGUAAAGGUGAAUGGGUUUUUGGGAAAUCAAAACGGAGUCGAUUUGGUAAAGUAUUUGUUAGAGAAUUUAUCAGGGCUUAGAGAAUUGACCCUUAGUCCAUACAAGAAGAUGUACAAAAGAUUUGAUAGUUGGGGGUACACUAGUAAACCAAGCAUUUUGGAUGUUGAUUGGUUUGAAUACCAGUGUCAGUGGCUUCUUAGAGAAAUUCCUCCAUCUGUUCGUCUACACCUUGAAAGACGGAGGAUUUAGUUAGUAUGAUUGAUUUAUGUUGCUUUUUAAUUUUUAUUUUUAUCAGAAAUCAUCACUUUCUCAAG